GUUGGAAUAGUUUGUGUCAAAGUGUUUAAUUGUACAAGCCAUUGUAAUGACGAGUCAAGUGAGAAGCUACUUUUAAGCUUCCGUUUCAAUUUAGCCGUCUCUCCCAAAUGAAGUACUCAAUUAUGGAUGCCGCUUCUUGUCUGAAACUUUGGAUAUACACCGUAGCCCUAGCGCUGGCGAGCUGCGACACCAUUCAAAGCCCGGCGGAACCCGCGCUACCGGAACCGGUGUGCGGUCAAAUAUCGCAAAUGCUGGACAGCUGUUUCCGCAACUCGUCGCCCUCGGUCGCCGUCGAGCUGCUGCACUCGGUGAAGAUCCCCGACUCGGCGGAGGAAAUUAGCAAUCGCUGUCUGUUGUUCAAUCGGGGCAUGGAGUGCGUUCAGCACUACUUGAACGUUUGCGUUGACCAGCAGGAGCGGAAAAUCAUUGAAAACGAAGUUUACGGUGCCAAGCGGCUGUACGAGUUUCUGUGCCGUGACCGGUCCUUUCAGAAAGAAUUUCUGCAGCACAAGGAGUGCUUUCACCAUGUCCACCACGAUUGGGACGCUUGUUCGAACAAAUUUGUGAGCAUCCUCAAGGAGGAAAUGUCGAAGACGACGAAACAAUCGAUGAACGUGCAGUACAUGCAGUUCUGCUGCGCCCGGUACGGUUACGAGAACUGCGUCUACAACAGUGCCCGGUACAAGUGCCGUCAGGAGUCGGCCGUCUUUUUGCGCACCGUCGCGAAGCUCCUGUCCACCGACCGGCACUUCCUGAACUGUGAUAAGAUCGAGCACGAGGUGUGCUCGGCCGCCGGCAAGGAGCUGGCCCGGCACCGGGGACCACUAUCGCUGAUGGGCGUGAUUGGCUUGCUGCUGUCGGCGAACCUUCGGCUCCGAUAG